GUCAGUUUUGUUGACGUUUGUUGUUCUCAGUGCGUGUGGACGACACCUGUUAGAGUCUUGUCAUGUGAUCUACGGGAGGUAUGAGUUUGUCUCCAUGAAGGAUGUGUACAAGUAAAGGAGGUUGGAGCAAGAUGCAGCAGAACUCAAGGAAAGAAACUUAAUAGAUUCAACAGGUGGAAGAUUAGCAGCUUCUACCUGAGAAGAUGCCGUCCUUAUUUGCAUGCUUUGGGUGUGGUGGAGGUGGGGAGAGUGAUGAUAUUCGAACGCUGGACUACUGUCACUGUUCCCUCAAUGAUGUUCCGUCGGAUGUCUUUGCCUGCGAGCGUACCUUAGAAGAGCUUUAUCUGGAUUCAAAUCAGCUGAGUGAAUUACCACGACAGUUGUUUUAUUGUCAUGGUUUACGGAUACUUGGUCUGAGUGACAAUGAGCUCACCUCACUGCCUCCUGCUGUGGCUUCCCUUAUAACCCUCACCAAUAUUGACCUCAGCAAGAAUGCCAUUUCUGACAUCCCAGACCACAUCAAAGGCUGCAAGCAGCUGAGUGUGGUGGACGCCAGUAUCAACCCUCUGUGCCGACUCCCUGAAGGCUUCACACAAUUGCUUUCAUUACAAGAACUAUAUCUCAAUGAUACUUUUCUGGAAUAUCUACCUGCAAACUUUGGUCGGCUGUCGCGACUAAAGAUUUUGGAGCUACGUGAAAAUCAGCUGAACACUCUGCCAAAGUCCAUCGCACGUCUCACCAGUUUGCAGCGCCUGGAUGUUGGCCAGAAUGAUUUUUCAGAAUUACCAGAGGUAAUUGGCAGUCUUGAGAACUUGACUGAAUUGUGGUUUGACAACAACAAGAUUAAGUCGCUUCCUCCUCUCCUUGGUCGGCUGAAGAAACUGGUUCAUGUUGACGCGUCUAAAAACAAAGUGGACUGGGUGGCUGGUGAGGUGGAGAAUUGUGUCAUGCUCACUGACCUGCACCUCUCCUCCAAUAACCUUAAGGAACUUCCUGAGAAGCUGGGAGGUUGUCAGCAACUCCAGGUGCUAAAGCUUGAUGACAAUGCCCUAACUCACCUUCCUGAGUCAGUUGGUUGUCUGGCUGCCCUUGAAGAGCUGGUGGUCACCCAGAAUGAGUUAGAGACUCUGCCAGCAUCAAUGGGUCUCCUCCGUGCACUACACACCUUACACGUCGAUGAUAAUCUUUUAACAGAGCUGCCACCAGAGUUGGGGUCAUGUUCUCAGCUCACUGUCCUCACGGCCGCUUCAAAUCGCCUCAUGAGUGUGCCAGCUGAGCUUGGCCAUUUGCCUCGUCUUGCUAUUCUUAACUUAUGUGAUAAUCUAAUUCUUCACCUGCCUGUGUCUCUCACCAAGCUGAAGCUGCGAGCCCUGUGGUUGUCAGAGAACCAGAACAAACCUCAAGUCCAGUUACAGUCUGAGACCCUGCCUGAGACUGGUCAACGAGUCCUGACCUGUUUCAUGCUUCCCCAACAACCUCGUGUUCUCCAGCCAGAAACUGUAGUGGAGACAGACAACUUCCCUGGCCAGAGUUGGGACGAACAGCGACGAGCAAAAACACUCAUUAAAUUUGCCUUCGACGGAGACGUUGACAAGCCGGGUCUCUUAACCCGUGCUCCAACGCCCUACCCAAAAGAGCUCAAGGCACUGGCUAAACAUGCCCGUAACUUACACAGUCUGCAAAGGGACCCAGGCCGUCAGUUUGUGCUGGGACGUAGUCAGGAUUCUAACAAAACUUCCUCAUCAUCAAUAAUUCCAUCAACAAAAGAUGAAACUGAGAUAGAUUCGUCCAGAAAGGGUAAUGACAUUGCACUGAAGCAGCCAUUACUAGAUCAGUCUGGUAAUGCUUGUGUCCCUGUUGAUGACUCACUGGAGGCAGAAGAGAUCACCUCACCUCUAACAGUAAUAGAACCACAGGCUGAGGAGCGUCCACUGCUGCGGGAGGCUCGCAAUGUCCGCAACACCUACGGCAACAUGACCAGUGCCUCGGCUGCCCUCAACAACAAAAAUAACGCCAGUCUUUCCAACGUAUCUAAGCAUGUGACCCCAGAUACUGCGAUGGCAACUGACCGUCCUUAUGCCAUCGGGGAUAGAAAGAUGUUUGGUCAUGCACAGGUUGUGGCAAUGACUCAAUCUCGGGAUAAAGUGGUGAUCGACCCCAGUAAACCUGUUGUGUCUGGUAUGGAGGAGAGCAGAGCACAAGUUGCUUACCCAACACACGAGUCUUCCCCGCCAUUAUCCCAAGAAACCACCAUAGCUGCCACUCCAUCAUCUGCAACAGAAGGGGAAUUGGCAGGUGAUGUCUCAGACAAGCGCAUUAAGAAACCGCCGCCUUACCACAUUGCAGCUGUGAUGUCACGGCACGCUGCAGAUUUUAACGAAUCUAGUGUGGAGGUUUCUUCGGCACCCAGUGGUAUCCAGGGCAGUACUGGACUCACUGUUAAGGAUCUGCCAACGUCACAACAGAACUCAGCUGCCUCACCAGCAGCAGAAGAUGAGAACAACGACACAAGUAGCUCCAGUGACAGUGGCUAUGGCAAUGGGAAGAUAUCCAGUCAACAGAUUACUGAUGACCAACACUGCAGUGAUGGCAGUAGUAUCAACACUCCUUUAUCUCCACAAAACCUCACAGACUCUGCACUAUCAAUGCCCUCAACAUUAUCAUCACCACUUGGCAGUGCUGAUGUAGUGUCUCCACAUUCUGUCAAAUCCUUCAAUACACCAAUGUCAUUAUCUUCUAAAGCAUCUUCUUUAUCAGCAUCUGUUGCAGUCUCCUCCAAUGUAACACUACCAGUAAGUAGCCAGUCACUUGCUGCACCACAGAAUAUAUCUUCAGCCAUGUCACUGUCAUUUCCCGUCUCUUGCCCUUCCUACGACAACUUUCAAAACCCCAUCACAUCAAGAUCUGGGGAAGUUUCUUACCCAGUAUACAGUGUUGCCACAUCCAAUGCCAGACCAGCUUCUAUUGCCACUGGAACUCAGUUAGAGCAUUGCAGCGCUCGAGUGCCACAUCGACCGGGAUCCCUUGCCCUAGGAACUCUGGCAGAUUCCGCCCUGCUCAACAGAUUGCCUCGUGACCAGCGGCCGGGAUCUUUGGCUGCUCCCAUCAAUACCUUGGGCAUACCACCAGCACCUGCCAGAGCAGUGUCUCACAUGGGACUUAAUGUCACAAGUCCAACUAGACCACACGACCUGUCAAUGUUCAAGAACCAGGAUUUGACUCCAACCAGACGGGGAUGGACCCCAGACCAACAGUCCUUUGGUGGAACAACUAACCAUUGGCAGGAGAGUAAUGGCCUUGUCUCCAUUAUUGAUCAGGUGACGAGCAGCUUGCUAGAGCAUGGUGAUAGUCCACCACCCAAUAUGUUGGCCAGUAAAGUAGUGCCGUCCUCCAACACUAUGUCUGUGACACCGGUGCCAUCAGUUGGAUAUUCUCAGAUCACCACUCACUCUGGUAUAUAUGAAUCCUCAAGAAAGGCUUCAGUCACUUCUGUGAAUGCAUUUUCAUCAGGAGUUCACUUAAGUUCUGGUAGUGGUAGUGAGUGCCAGGAUAGUAGUAGGUCCUCAGUAGGUGGUGUUGGCUCUUCUGUUGGUCCCACAAACUUCACACAGGAUCAGCCACGAGGAGAGGUGCUGCACCCAACACCCCACCGCCCACAUCUCUCCUCCUCUAGUUCAAGGCUAACCCAUGAAUCCUUACAAGAUGCUAUAACUUCUGCCCAAGAUACUCCCAGUGAUCUUCAGCAAGCGGCCGGUCAUGAAUUACGCCCUGAAGCACCCCAGGCCCGUGAAGGGGUGAAUGGUGUGGGGAACGCUGAGUCCACUCUUUCUUCUAUAAAGGCCGCCCCAAAGCCCCUCUCAAGAAUUCCAUCUCGGAGCCCUGAAACAGCUCUACCUGUUAAGAACCUUCAGAAAGACUCCCCCAUCUCUAGUCACUCAUCUCACUUGCACCACGAGUCCAGAAUUCCCACUUUGGGUAGUAUGGGACGCAGCCCAAGUAGUGAGACUCAUUCUUCUGUCGAAUCUAGAAUACCAACUCCAGGUAAUAUGGGCACAAGUCCAGGUGGUCUGACUCAAGAAUCAAGAGUUACUUCACACUCUCACAUUCCCUCAUUAAAUUCCAAAGGACCUAGUUCAAGUAACUUGACUCAUGAUAAACACAUACUGGGUGAGUCUCGCAUACCAAUGUUAAGCAGUGUGGGACGAACUCCCAGUAACUUAACACAUGAUUCCCAGAUUUAUGGCGAGACCCUUAAACCUGUGGGUUACAGCCCCAGUGCUGAACCCCAUAACAUGAGUGAUUCUCGGAUUCCCGUAAUAGGAAUGAUGGGCCGAACCUCCAGUAACCUGACUCGUGAGUCCCUUGGUAUGGGUGCAGGUAAACACGGCAGCCCAGAUGUAAUUACAGGAAAUAAAAAUUUCACCCCCAACAAUAAAUCCCAAAUAGCAGGAAGCCCUGGGAGUAAUGGAUCUGGUAUUCCAUCACUGGUCACACAAGGCAGAAGCAGCAGUAACCUGAGCUCCAACAUACCUAGUCCUGGCACUGUCUCAAUUGGUAUGCAGAGUGAUGCCAGCAAACACCAGGUUGUGUAUGGAUAUGCCUCUAAACCACAGAAUCUUGGAGAUACUGGCCAGAUGUCUUCACCGUCACGGCUUCACUCGCCAGGAUAUUCUACUGGGAUUCGUCCUCCCACAAUUCACUCACCUAAUCAACAGCAGCCAUCACACCAGCCCCAGGUGAGGGGAUAUCCCAGCGGCAUACGUCCCCCGACAGUCAAUGCAGCCAUCAACACACCCGGCAUCCCAAUACCAUCUCCCGCUUCUCCGACCAGCCAGUUAAUGAACCCUGGCUCUCGUGGCUCUGUCACCUCCACGGGAUCAGCUUCUCGCAUCCCAAUGGCUGCAGGUGGGGCUGCAUCUAGGUUACCAACCCCAGGGACCAACAAGCUGCGGAUGUCACCAUCAGUGGCGCCGUCUCCAGAUGGCAGCAAGACCAACCACUCUGCCUGGAUGUUUGGUCAACACAAGAAUGCCCGAGUGGUAUGUCAGAAUUUCCCGGUAGUAAUAGAAAAGAAUCCAGAUUUGGGCUUUGCCGUUGGCCAGUCACACACUGACCCAGAGGAUAAGAGCAUAUAUGUGAUGAGUGUUGUGGGUGGAGGAGCUGCGUCGUCUGCACUCAAAGUUGGAGACAAGCUCUUGCAGGUUGAUGGUGCUGACCUGCGUUCUGCUGAUCUAUUGACUGCAACCUCCAUCCUCAACAAAACUUCAAAUACCGUUAAUUUAAUGGUGUCUCGCCUGCAGUGACCUAAGCACUCCUACUUUCUGGCAGCAAAGGCUACUUGAUGAACCAUUUAGAGCAGCUUUUUUGUGAUAAUGCCAUCAGGCUGGAUAUUGAUAAAUAACUAUACUAUAUGCAGCUAGAAACAUAGAUAAUUAUAUAUAAGAAAACAACAAGGCUGAAACACAAGUCACGUGUGCAUGGUGUAGCGUUAGUCUACAUUAAUGAUUCACUAAAAUAUGGUUGUGCAUUAGUGCCUAAUGUAAAUUUGUAUAUGACUAGAAUUAGAUGAAUUUAUGAAUGUGUGUGUGCACACUCUUAACUUGAGGAAGCAUGAGAAGUGCACACACAACAGACUUAAUUAAAGAAUAUUUCUUUGGUACACAUCGAGAGUGGAAAAUAUCAAAUUCAUGUGAUACAAAGGAAGAAGCAGAAUAAAGUAUAUGGUGUUAUAUCAAACAUUCCCUUAUGUCAGGCAUUCCUUGUAUACAGGCAUUUAUUAUACAUUCCUACCAUGACACCACAGAGUUGUAAGCUGAAGUGCACUACCCUAAUACUGUAUCAGUGAUCUAAUAUUAUGUGUCUUUUCCUUUAGCUGUCUCACCCUCCAAAAAGGUGGUACAGUAGUGAACCUUCCAGUUCUGUAUAGUUCAAUUGGCUAAGAUGCUGCUCAACAUUUUGUCUUACUUGGCGAGAAUAUGUUUGCCAUAUUAUACAUACCUUUUAAGUUAGGUAUUAUUACCUGCCUUCUUAUCAUAAUCAUCAAUAAAAUGAGUGAUACAAAAAUGAAUUGUCUUUAUGAUUAUUACAGUAAUGUUGUACUGUACAGCUAUUUCUUCAGAUGCAGUUUAAGUGCCUUGAAGAUUCACCAAGAUGUUGAUAAAAGUACAAAAAGUUUUGGCACAAUUAUUUCCCUAAUGAGAUGUUUUGAAUUUUAUAUUUUGUCAAAUUGUUUAAACUUGAUUGUCUCAGGUUCUGUGUUGUCAAGCUUCAAAGUUUACUAAUCUCAGUGCCUGAUUAUUAACGUAGAGGAUGGAGACAUUAUCCAGAUGUACAGUGUGAUAUUCAUAGCAGAGUGACUUCAUUGCUUAGGCCUCUCACACAUGCACUUGUGUACUUUAGAGUGCAUGAAGACAUGCACAAAUGUAAUUGUAUAUCUCAAGGUAUACAGUUUAUAUUUAUCAUGUAUAAUUUUAUAUAUAUACAUAUGCCUACAGGAUAUGUCCAUCACCACACUUGCAUAUGAAAGUCCUAAUAUUUUUUUACUUAUAAUGUAUGUAAAUGGAAGGAUACACAGCUGUUACGUUAUAUUAGCGCAUGAAGUAGAUACAAAUAGUAUUUGUUCAUAACUUAUGAAUGAUGCUAAGUACAGUAAUACUGGCAAACUGUUCACUCUGUAUGGUUAUGCUUCUCAAAUUUUGGGAAGCACUUACUUGUAAUUAUUUUCAGCCAUUUUUUCAUGAAUCCAGUGUCUGGUCCAUAAUUUCUUGACAGGUAGAGACAGACAGAGGGAAUCAUGAGAAGCUAUAAAAGUGUGUACAGUAUCUUAAUGUUAAAUUCAGGCCUGGGUCAAAAGUUGCAGGUCACGGAUCAGGUUUUAAAGAUAAAUUUUUCACUGGCCCAGUGUUUGGUAAAUAUUGUGUAUUAUAACAUCAUAUUAGCUUGAUGCUAGAGGAAAGCAAUAUUUUUGGCUGUAUGUAGCACUUAACAAAACUAUACAAGUGUGCCUGUAAAAGUAGGGAACUGAAGGCUUGUACAUUAUUGUUUUCUUUAGGGUACUGUACCGUAUGCCCCGAGACAUGGCAUGGAAGAUUAAAGCACUAUAUUCGUGCACCAUAUAAAUCAUAAAGCAUCUAUAUAUUGUAUGUAAGAAAACAUAUGAAGUGUUGAUAAUUAUGUAAUGCUCUAUAACCUGUAAGGUAAUAACUAGAAGUAAUAAUAACUUGCUUUGUAAGUAAUGUAUGAAAUUAUGUUUGACAUCUGUUAAGAAAGGCUUUUAAUGUGUUGUACAGUAUACAAUAACUUAAUUCACAUUUUAAUCUUAUGACGCUAACAUAAAUGAUGAACACUUAUUUCAUAGCGACACAUACAGUACAGUACAGUACUCGCAUUAAGGGAACAAAACACAUGAUUACCAGUACAGUAAUGGCAAUUCUAGGUGAAGAAUGAUGACACUUUUUUCCAUGUAAAAAAUAAAUUAUGGCAAAAAUUUAAAUCUGUGUGCUCUUAUGUGAAGAACAAGCGAAUUGCAUAUACUGUAUUGGUAACAGAUUGGGUAGCUACCAUGGGUGUACAAACCUCAGAAUGUAGUAGUUUUUUGAGAAAAUAACAUUUAUAUUAAUUUUU